AAACCAAAUUUAACAUAUCUGUUCGAGUUGAUAAUGAAAACUAUAUAAUUGGUAGAAUAAUCAGUUAAAAGUCCACCAUAAUCAUUUUAAAUUGCAAAGCAACUGCAUGUAAAGAAGUGAACAAUAUCAGAACGACGAUUUUACACUUUGUUUAACAAUAAUGGUAGUUGAAAGAGUAAUAUUAUCUACUUUGACAAAAAUAAGAUUGAUUUCCUGUAUAAAACCACAAUUAUUACAGCAGAAACAAAAUUUGACUAACUUUCUAUUGGUGUGUAAAUUAUCAAGUUAUCAUGUUACAAAAAAUAUUGAACAUAUUAUGCAUGACAAUCAAAUUAGAACUGAUACAAUUAGACAGAAUUUUAAUAACGAAAAAAAUAGACCUUUAUUAAUUUUACUUAGUUGGUUGUUACCAAAGCAUAGACAUAUUAUGAAAUUUGCAAAUUUAUAUGUGGAACAAGGGUUUGAUAUUGUUAUAUUAUCAAUUACACCUUGGCAAUUAAUAUGGCCUAUAAAAGGAUCUAGGUUAGUUGCUUCAGAUUUAUUGGAGUUUCUAAUAGAACAUCAAAAUUAUCAGCAAAUAGUAUUACAUGGAUUUUCAGUAGGUGGAUAUAUGUGGGGAGAAAUUUUGGACUUAAUACAGAGUGAUUAUCAAAAAUAUAAUAAUGUAAUUGAAAGAAUUGUUGGUCAAAUAUGGGAUAGUUUAGCUGAUGUGACUGAAUUAUCAAUAGGUAUACCACGUGCUAUAUUUCCAAAAAAUAAAAUGCUACAAAAUAUGUUUCAAAAAUAUUUAGAAUAUCAUAUGAAAGCUUUUUAUAAACAAUCUACACAAUAUUACAUAAGAUCUAGUCAAUUGUUUCAUACAAAUUUGGUACAUAGUCCAGCAUUAUUUUUUGUAAGUAAAACAGAUCCUGUAGGUUCACUAACAAGUAAUUUAAGAGUAAAGGAUCAAUGGGAUACUGUGGGUGUAAAGACUUACAUUAAAAUAUUUGAAAAAUCUCCACAUGUUGGACAUUAUCGUAAAUAUCCAAAGGAAUAUGUCGCAGAAUUGUAUACUUUUUUGAAUAAAUUGCCUUUAAUACAACAUGAAAAGAAAAUGGGAGCACAGUUUUAAAUAUUUUAUUGCUGAUUUUUAAAAUAUUGAAGUAUUCAGUGAAAAAAUAUUUAUUGAUAUUUAUUUUCUUUUUAUAAAAUAAUUAUUUUUUAAAACAUGAUAAUAAUUUUAAUUAUACAAUACACAAGAGAAAUAUCUUUUUCUUGUUCAUGUACUAAAUAUUAUUGUAUUAUUAUAAAAAUAAUUUAUAAUUUAUAUUAUUUGUUAUAUACAUUUACUUAUUAUGCUAUAUAUUUCAAUAAAAUAUGAAUUACAAUCA